GUGUAGUAAUCAACAACACCGUAUUGUAUUUGUGUUUUUUUUGUAUUCAUUUUCUGACAACACAAUUAGAAGUCAGGUGUGUUGUGUUGUAAAUGUAGUAACCGAAUCCCCAUUGCGUGUGUUGGUGAAGUUUUUCUCACCUGUCCCCUCGAUGAUAAUUCCCAAAGAGGACUGGAAAUGAUAACAUGAAUGGUUGCGAAAUUACCGAGAAAUAUGCAGUUGUAAUAGCGGAGCAAUUGGAUGUCUUCUCAUAUUUCUUCAGUAAACACUACCAGGUCUCCGACUAGUUAGAACCCAGCCACCGUAUUUAACAAAUCCCCGAAAAUGUCGAGUGCUUUAGAAGUGGACAAUCUAGAAGAAGCUAAAAAAUUAGUACGAGAUCUGAGGCAGAAAACCAGAUCGCAAGCUCAGCAAAUAAUGGCGUGGAGAAAGGCGUACAGAAUGCAAGAGAUAAUGAUAUCCCGCAUCGAGCGAGAAAAGAGCGAUCAACUGAAGGCCCUCAGCUCAAAGCUUCUCCUAUUCGAGUCAAGACUGAUCCGCAAACAAAAGGACAUAUCGGCCAUGCUAAAUAUCAGAGAAACGAUCAUCCAUCGCCAGCAGAAAAUCAUCGAGACGUUGACCAGCCGAUUGCAUGACAACGGCUUAGAAGUACCCGCUCAAACCGAAGCCACCGAACUCGACUUCGCCUUCUCGGACUUCGAUUCCUUGAACGACUCCGACAGCGCCGUCGUCAUGGAGGACAUGGACUGCGAAAAUACAUAUCACAUAUCCAGAUUGAGGAACGUGGAUGGUGUCACUGUUAUGAGAUCUAUAUCGGACGCCAUCGAUCCAAAUUUGAAAUACUCUUCGAUGAGAAGGAACACUUGCUUCCUGCGGCGCCCGGAGGUUUUGGAAACCGUCUACAGCGUCGAGGAGGACAUCGAUAACGACCAGGAGAGCAAAAUGGACGCCAACAAGAGGAGGGAAUCGUUCGCGAGCAGAGGCGGCAAAUUGAAUUCGAGCAGUCACAACCAAAGCCAGAGCGCAAAAGAGAAGUCGAUAGGAGAUGAUGUAGGCAAUAAUAAUAGUCAAUUGUGCGAGAACGCGGCGUCGGAGAAAUCGUGGACCGGCAAUUCGGAGAAAUCCGACGGUGGGACUGAAGAGAACUCGAAAAAUCAAGUGAAAAAGUACAAUCGAGUGAUGUCCAAUCAUAGAUCCGUCAUGAAGCCGAAGGAUGUGAAGUACAAGAGGAUCAACAAAGCGAAGUCGAAGAGUUUGGAGGAGUUGCGGGGUAAAUUAAAGAAUUGGGUCGAACAAGGGACGAAGAUUUCGAGUUAUUCGCUGGAGCACAGCCAGAGUUACGCUUAACUAUUCGUUAUUAAUUGCAACGUUAAAACUUGUGUAAAAUGAGCCAUUAAGACAGUUUGGCGUAAAUUCUUCUUUACAUGACAAUAUUGAAAGCUUUAAUAACAAAUUUUAUAGUUUGAUAAAGUGAAAACUUUUUAUGGCAACUUUAUGAAAUGUUGCGCUACGUACAAAAUUUAUUAAAUUUGCUCUAUUUAUUUUGAACAAAUUCUUCGGAACAAAAAAUGUUUAUGCAUAAACUAUUGAUUUGCAUAGAUCAAACUGUGCGAGAUUCUUUUGUAUAUUCUUGUAUUCUUUUCCUAAACGAAUAGUAAAUAUUUUUUGCUACGAUAAUGAAAAUUCAGUAUUAUAUAAUUAGGUAGUUUUUAAGCAAACGGUUGUGAAUGAACCUAGUUAAUAUAAGAAUGCUUUGUAUUCUGCUUUGUACAUUGACGCGAAGUUGCAGCUAUCGAAUUCACUCGCCUACUUUAAAAGUGGUGAAUAUAUUCUUAAAAAGAAUUUCUAAAAAUGUAGUCAGUGGCAUUUUUUUUAUAGAAUUGCAGAAUUUAAAACGACUUAGAAAACGUAGUCAAUUCGAAUUGUAUAAUGAACUGUUUUAGUGACUCAUAUCGUUUGCUUCAAUUACAAAUUAACACUGCACGAUUGAAACAAAAUACUAUUAUAUAAUUGAAUUUAAUUAAGAAAUUGUAACGUUAUACCUGCUAAUGUAUGUGAUAUUCUGAAUAUCUUAGAGGAUUUUAAUUUUUCUUUAUUUAUGGGGUUAAACCGUAAAUAUCGCAAUUAUUUAUUUUUUAUCUCGCAGCUUUUGGAUACAGAAGCGAUAUAAAUUAUUUUAAUUUAUUUUAACACGAUAAACGUAAAUUAUUUUUUCGAUUAUAAGUAAUUUAAGGUUGUGAAUAUUUCUGAAAACAUUCCAUUCCUAUACUUGGAUUUUAAAUUUGUAAGUAAUGUUUAUAUGUGUAAGUACAAAUUUGUUUGCAAUAUGGUCUGGCAAUUCUUCAAAUUGAAAAGAGAAAGAUUAUUAAAAUAACAAUGGUUAGAGUGAGAAAAUUGCUAUCCCACAAUAUCACUCUUUCUUUUCCUUUAUGACUAAAGGGAGUUGUCUUUGUUGUACCCAUAAACCAUAUUGCGUACAAAUUUGCACUUAUCUGUAUAUUUAUUUCAAUGUAUGUCAAUUAUAUUUGAAAAUUUCGUUUAAAUCCAGGUUAAAUACUUUCAUUUAUUGUAUUCUGAAUUUUCUAUUGUUCUUUAUUCCCAUAUUAUCAAUUUUAUCGUCUCUAAUUUUUAUUUAUUACGCCUUUGCUGCCUUUUUUAAGUAAUGUAAGACAAUCACAAAACAUUUCAACAUUUAUUUAUAUAUUAUACACAUUUGCUUUGUACUUAACUUCUUUGUUACAAAAAAUUGUUAGAUGCCAUAAUCGUUUUUUUCAUAAUUUAUAAGACUAUUUGAAAUAAUUCAUUUUAUAUUAACCGACUUUUUAAUCGUACGUAUAUAAAUUUCCUAAUAUUUUUUAUAAUCUUUUCUACACCUUGUAUAUACACGAUCGUUUUGUGCUGUAAUUACUUUUAACUCGUUUAUCAAUAAAAAUACAUAUCUCUAUUUAA